UUUUCCCUUUUAGACUUGGAUGAAUGUACCACUGUUUCCCAUUCCUGUGACGUCAAUUCUGCAUGCCAGAAUACCGUGGGUUCAUACACAUGCUCGUGUAAUGCCGGGUACACAGGAGAUGGAAAACCUUGCAAUGGUAUAUUAGAUAAUAAUUGAGGCAAAGCACGUCCACACGAAUCAGAUAAUUAUCUUUUUUAACCAGAUUCGUGCAAACGGGGUCUUAAACCACUCUGAGCAGUUUUAAAAAGAUGCGGUUUCGGUGAGCGGAUUCACUAGUUUCGUGUGGAGGCCAAUGCCGAUUCGUGUGAAAAAAAAAAAAAAUGGCUCUUAAAAAUAUCUGGUUCGUGUGAAAAAAGGUACAAUUCCUACGCAGCGUAAAACUAACGUUUGACACUGUCACCUACUUUGUUGGGCAGAAAAAAAAAAGACUACAUAGACCGGCGACCAGAUGUAAACUAUCAGGCAGAUAUAAUCUCACGAAGAUUCCACUGUCUCAUGCAGAUAUCGACGAGUGCUCCACCAACUCUCACAGCUGUGACGCCAAUGCGGUCUGUAACAAUACCAUGGGAUCGUACGUAUGCGUAUGUAAAGCAGGAUACACAGGAGAUGGAAAGACAUGCACUGGUAAGUUGUAAAAAGUGUAACGAAUAUAUGUAUCUCUGUUUCUUCUGGGAAAUCGAAUUAGACUGGUCACAGUCCCCUAUUUUUCCGUAAGACCGUCGAGAUCGAAGACUUUGCGUUACAGGCGGCCAUCUUGGAUGAGUGUCAAAUCUACUUAGAGGGAGGAGGACGGUUUUCUCGCCUCUCCCCCCACGACUAUAAAACACGAUUCCCACCCCCUCGGUACAUACAUGCAUGAAACUAAGAAAGCCGCCCGUAAUGGAAAGUUUUCGAUCUCCACGAUCUUACGAAAAAAUAGGGGACUGUGAACAGUCUAUCAAUAAUUAUUGCUAGCCAGGAUAGAUCGUGACAACACCAACUACUUCAACAACAAACAGAAAUCUAUGGUGUGGAAACUUCUCUAACUGGUCUCUUUGUUGCUUCCCAUAAAAUAUUUUAUUAACGUCGCUUAAGCUUGUUAUGCGAUACUUAAGAGAAGACAUUCUUUGAUUUAUCCGUAACGAUCUCUUAAGUGACGCAUUACCUGCUGUAGUUCAACCGGACUUUUCACCGAGCAAACUGAUAUAAGAAACCUCUUAUUAACUCAAAAUACUUCUGCGUUUCUGAUUGGUUCUAAAUAUUCCCAAGCUAAUUCUUCAUAACCAGCUACCGUUGACCAAAUUUGAGAGAUGUUUGCAGUUAUCCUGUCAAAGAUGAGACUUGCAAUGUAAGACAUGCGCGCAGACCCAGGGGUUUAAGUCAGUCGCGCCGCCGUUUCUCCUGACUCGACUGAGACCCCGGAAACCGCAUAUUUUUUCUUGUUUUCGUAUGGACGAGGCCUUAAACCACUUUGGAGCGCGGUUUAAAAAGAGGCUGGGUGGUUUAGUUUUGGUGAUGCUGGAGAAAAUGGCGAAGAAGACAAAAAGCCGAACUACUGCCUAAAAACAAAGGAAAUUAAACAACAAACAUUGGACUAGCUCGACCGAUGACAACAGCUCUUGAAUAUAGAUAUUCUAUGGACUAAACAUGCCCUUAUAUCCUGAAACUCCGAGGAACAGGCAAAUGUUAUGAAGACGACAGAAACUUUUCAUCGAUGAAGGGAAGCAUGAUUAAAAGUUUUGAAAUAUCUUGAAUUAGUAAAAUAAUUGUUUGUUCCUGCUCGUGUAUGAUAUGAAGUCUCAGAUCUUUGGGGUGGGGAGUUAGAGUACGGAGGCCGAAUCCAAAUUGAUCAAAGUUAGUACCAUCACGCAGAUGCAAAAUCUCCUAUCCUUAACCCCAGCUUCACUACAUUUUUCCAUAUAUCGACGAGUGUUCUACCAACACCCAUAGCUGUGACGUCAAUGCGGCGUGCAACAAUACUGUGGGAUCGUACGCAUGCGCAUGCAAAGUAGGAUACUCAGGAGAUGGAAGAACAUGCACUGGUGAGCCUUUUUAACCUUUUUCUAACGGUGAUUUGGAAGAAAGGAAAUAAUGUCUUUGAUUCCUGAAAGCUGGUUUACUCGCGUGCAGAAGAAAAAGGUUUUUGGUAGGUCAGACAACAACAACGACAACAACAACAUCUGGAACCAACGAUGAUUAUUACUUUACAAUUAUAUAUCUUGUUGAAUAGGAGAAAACUUAAGGUACUGGCUUCUUGGAAUACAACUAGCUGUUACAGGUCAAAUUAAAACUUAGGUUAAACCAAGAUUUUCUAACCCAGGUUGAUUCUCGAUUUCCUUUGUCUCCUAGCCCUAAUUAUUGAUCAUGAAUUAGGGCCAGGAGACAAAGGAAAACACCAUUGAAAAUUUAGAAACAACCCAGGUUUAAAAAAUUUAAACUGAAUUUAAUUUUGUUAUUUUCUUUUUAAUUUUUUUUUUUUCACUUUAAUUCUUUUUUUCAUUUUAUUUAUUUUUUAAAUGAACACUAGUCAGCAGCACAAAGCAAAGUGAGGAUCUUGUUAACUUGAUUUAUUUCUUCGACCGGUUUCGUCCUAUCACACAGACUUCAUCAGGGAUUAUAACAAGAUAAAGCUAAGGAACUAACUUUAUACCUAAUUAUUAAUACAAAAUCACGUUCGUGUAAGGUUGCUAACAGCAAAAAACAGACACAAAAUGUACGUGCAGGAUAUGACUAUAAUCCUGCAUUACAAAAUUUGCAAUGUUUAAUUUGGGGGCUCACGAAAAUUAGCUUUGAUAAUCCGUUAAAUCAAGUUUAAAAAUUUUAACCUGAAUUUAAUUUUGACCUGCAACAUAGCCAUAAGAUAGCCAUGGGUAGCCAGGCAGCUAGCAGAUUUUAGCAUUACAUAAAAAACCCCAUACACGCAGCAGUCUUUCGCGAUCGGGAUCGGGGCCACUGGUUUCGGAAUAUAUGGGGGGGGGGGGGGGGGGCAUGCAUGCGCAAAUGGGACUGUUAUUAAAAUGUUACGGGGAAAAAAGAUCUAGUUCAGUAAAAAAAAAAAAAAAUGUUAUUAUCGUCGAAAAACUAAAUGUAUGAUUGUGUCUUCCGAUAUCCUAGAAGCAGUCUGAAUUUCACGUUUCUCAUUUUUUCUUUCCAAUAUAGCAGGUUUCGAAUAGCCCGACUUCUUGCUCAUCAGUUUACAACAAUCCGAGAGAUCGCUUGCUAAAACCUUCGACGUUUGAUGCAAUUAAUCUAAGCUGCGAUUUGAGGUUAAUUUUUAUGGCAAUUCAAUUACGACUCUUAAUGAUGUUUAUUCAUGCAGUGGUUUUCAUAAGGUGCAUGAAAUGAACGCUUAUCCUCUCAGCUGCUAGCUUACGCGGGCCUAAAAUCACAGAACAAAUCUCACGGAAAAUCGGCAGUGAACACGGGCCUUUACGACGCACUUUAGGAACCCUAGGCGAAAGCAACCCCCUCCCCCACCCCCUUCUUGUUCCCUGAAUAAUAAAUAAUACGAUAAUAAUAAUAAUAAUAAUAAUAAUGAUGAUGAUGAUGAUGAUGAUGAUGAUGAUGAUGAUGAUGAUGAUAAUAAUAAAUUGUAGAGACGGCACAAACUCACCCGACGUAAGUGCAACGAUUGCUGAAACUUUUUUUUUUUUCAUCAUGGUUAUGUUAUUUCAAUCCGUUUUCGUUCUCUUCUGCUACCUCUUUGCAAAGUGGGCGAGAUUACCAGCGGUACUGAUGACUGUCACAGUUCACUUGCUUCUUGUACCAACACAGUGGGAUCCUUUAGUUGUGCAUGUAAUAAUCCUUCCAGCGGAAAUGGCAGAACUUGCAAUCUACCUUCAGGUAAGGAGAAAGAUAUAUUCAGUUACCAAACCCGCAGCUAUUCACUUGUGAUUGAUGCACCUUGCGCUGACCUCGACUGCUUAAACAGUGCUUUACUAUCGAUAUUUAUUGAGGUUUGAGAAGAUCACCGGUGAUCUCUCAAUCACCGUGUGAUCACGGGGAAUACUUUUUUUUCGCUUGUUAACGAAUAGUCCUGCAAGAAACGGUCCAGCUUGAGAAGGCGUCAGCCGGCUCGUCUUGUGGGCAACUCUCUUUUGAUUAAUGAAAUUUCUACUCUAACCUUAAGGCGAGUUGAGUUUCUUAAGUUUGCCGAUUAACUGUGAUUGUAGUCUCUAACUCUAAGGACUAACUAGCCAACGCGAAAAUCCGAAGAAGAAUGACGAUACGAAUUAGAAGAAAUACUUAUAAUAUUUUAGAAAAUACGCGCGAGUACUGAGUAUUAGUUUCUGAGUCACAGGUUCACGAGCAAUAGAACAAUCAUUGGGGGAGAAAUUAUCUGAAUUUUCUACUGUCGUCUUUCAUUUCUAUUUUGAAGAUAUUCUUCUUUUAAAAUUCCUUCGAGUAGUAUUCUUGAUUUUGGUCCUGAAAUAGACUUUUCAUCAUAGCGCCCGCCAAACAAAUCUUUCUGUACUAUAUUGUUUGUUUUCAACUAACAAAUUUUAAAAUGCUUGCUAAAAUAAUGGCUGAAGGACUAUAUUUUGCCUACGUUAUGAAGCAGCGCAAAAAAGGAAUAGCUGACCCUUAAUUGACAUAAGGCCAUCCUCGCUCAAUGGAUUUUGAAACUAUGUUUUCGGUAUAAACGACCUUGUAUAAAUAUACUUUAGUAUUUAUAUAGUGCCCUUAUACUUUUUCCUGAGUUAGCAGUCUUUUGACGAUUGAAUUGCCACAGAAAAAAUCUUAAUGUAGCGAGUAUACGCGAAAGUACCUUAUGAGGUUUUAGUUGAGCACGUUUUUGAAAAUGUCAGUAUUGACUCAGCUUCAAGGUUACAACUGUCGUUAUCCACAGUUAGUAAUUAUGGUCAAUUAUUAUGAAAUAUUCAAACACUUUGCUACUUAUGCACGAUCCCAUUUCCCCAGGAAGUCACUCCUCAAAGCUAUUAAUAGGUUGUAUCCAUGUUUUCCUUUUAAAUGAUUUAACGCUGUAUUUAACAGGCGUGAGAUAACUAAUCCGCUACUAGCACAAGUUAUGUCGAUGCCGCUGAUGGGUAAUAGUGUUUUCUUUCUGUGAUGUUCAGUGCUCGUCAAAAGUGAAGGUGUGGUGGGGAAUUUAGGACAUGAAAAGCUCCCGUUCGUUUUCGCUCGAGCUGAUGUUCAGUAAAUGAAACGUUGCAAAGGUACGCUUAACUAAAAAAGAUAUCCAAUGUCCAGUGACUGUUCCUUUUCUUCUUUUAUGCCAGAAUGUCGGAACUACGCGAGUCUCAACAGUGGAAGCCGAAGAGCUUCGUACUACGGGUACAGGGGUUAUUGCGAUAGCAAUCUCGGCCCUGGAUGGUUCCGUUUCCAGGGGUCUGCCGGCACCAGAAUGGCAACAUCAUGUACAUCUUACAAAAGGUGUGGUACCUAUUAUACCGGCUGGCUAUAUGGUGGACACCCCUCAGUAGCAGACGGUCAGGUCACCAGGACGGUGUAUUUUAAUACUGGUUACUGCUAUGGUUACUCAAGAAACAUCAAAGUGAGAAAUUGUGGUUCAUUUUACGUGUACUAUCUUAAUGGUACACCUACUUGUAAUGCCCGUUACUGUGGUGUGUAG